AUGAUGGUGGGUGGUUCUUCAUCCAUCGAUCAACCAUUAUCUGCAGUCAUCACCAAAGUUAUGGCAGAAUAUCGUAUAGUAUGUGUUGGAGGAGGUGGAGUUGGUAAAUCAGCUUUAACUAUCCAAUUUAUUCAACAUCAUUUUAUUGAUGAAUAUGAUCCAACUAUUGAAGAUUCUUAUAGAAAACAAAUAAUUGUUGAUGAUGAACCAUGCUUACUGGACAUUUUGGAUACUGCUGGUCAAGAAGGUUUUGCCAUGCGUGAUCAAUAUAUGAGAACUGGUCAAGGAUUCUUAUGUGUCUAUUCUGUAACUUCUAGAGAAUCUUUUGAUGAAGUAAAUUCAUUUAAAGAACAAAUCAUGCGUGCCAAAGACUCUGAUAAAGUACCUACAAUGGUUUUAGUUGGUAACAAAUGUGAUCUAGAAGCAGAAAGAAAAAUAUCAAAAUCAGAAGGAGAGGAGUUGGGAAAGAAUUUGGGUGUACCAUUCUUGGAGACAUCUGCAAAGACAAGACACAAUGUCGAGGAGAGCUUUUAUCAACUUGUAAGAGAGAUUGCAAAGGAUCUAAAGGAUACAGAUCCAAAAGUAACUGAACAAAAGAAGAAAAAAACUUGUACCAUUCUUUAG